AAGUAGGUGCUGCAAGCUGACCAAGGGAGGGGCCCUGCAACCUACGAGGCGGCUGUAGCUGCUUUAAGAGACGCAGCCUCUCUGCUGAGGCCAGGGGCUAGGGCUGGGAGGCCCCUGCCGGGCUGCACUGCCUGCCUCCCUCCACGCUCCCCAUGCUCCUCCCCGCCACCGCCCUCAUGAAUAUGCAUGAGCGGGCCCCGCCCCGCGCGGUUGAGCAUGCAGCAGCGGCCGCCGGGCCGCGCGGUCGGAGGCGCCAUGGGCUGGGGCGCGGCGCUGCGCGUGCUGGCGGACAUGGACGGGGUGCUGGCGGACUUCGAGGCCGGCGUGCUGCGGGCCUUCCUGGCGCGCUUCCCCGGCGAGCCCCGCGCCGGGCUCGCAGGUAGGAGAGGGUGGCUUCCCAAGGAACAGCACCAGGCAAAGAUUCCUCUGUGCCAUGCCAAGAUAGUCAGUGUGUAUGAGUCACCUGGCUUCUUUCUGGGACUGGACCCAAUACCAGGAGCCAUUGAAGCCAUGAAGGAGAUGAUCCAAAUGAAGGACACUGAAGUCUUCAUUUGCACAAGUCCCCUCCGGAAGUAUGAGCCCUGCAUCCCUGAGAAGUACAAGUGGGUGGAGAAGCAUUUGGGACCAGAGUUUGUGGAUCGACUGAUUUUGACCAGGGAUAAGACCAUUGUAUCAGCCGACCUGCUGUUUGAUGACAAGGACACCAUUCAAGGUGUGGAGCCUAAUCCAAGCUGGGAACACAUCCUGUUCACUUGCUGCCAUAACAAGCACUUGGAGCUUAAGCCACCACAUAGGCGGCUGCAGUCAUGGGCCGAUGACUGGAGAGCAAUAUUGGAAAGCAAACGCAGGAAGUAAUGGAGAAGGGAAACAGUGCUGUUCACAUCGCAGAUGGAA